AUGCUUCGAUCGCCAUUCUCGACGCCGCGCAAGUCGACCCAGGAAGUCCCCAUUCAAGGCGAUGCCAGUGGCCUGAGCCUGGAAUUGAAUAUCACCGAGCCAGCCUUAUUCGCCCCGACCUUAUCAGACAAGCCAGCAGUUCUCCGUGGUGAAUGUCGAUUGACGGCGAAAGAAGCUGUGACAGUGAAACGACUGACCGUCAACCUGCGCGGUACAAGCCAUAUCGUGUGGCCACAUGGUAUUCGCGAACGCCGUACGGUGACAGACAACACAUUGAUACUGCUUGGUCCCGAGGCGACAGACCCGGUGCUUCCGUGUUACCUUGACUCAAUUCAGGAGACUUCGUCAUACCAAAAGGCGCACAAAGGGACCACCUUAUGGAGUGCGAUCUCGGCUAGAGUGGGAUCGAACGGGCGUGAAGAGCAGGACACAGGGUCUAAACCUCAGCGACUGACACCCGGGACCCACACAUUCAAAUUUGAAAUGGUCCUGCGCUCCCAUCUGCCUGAAUCUAUUCACGUCCGGCAGAGCGAGGUCCGGUACCGGAUCCGAGCCUCCAUUGAACGACCGGGCUUCUUAAAUCGCCCAUUCUCCUGCAGCAAACCCAUUACCGUCGUUCAUUGUCCCGCAGAAGAUUUCGUGGAUGAUGCUGAACCGAUAUAUGUCGCUCGCGCUUGGAAAAAUCUUUUACAGUCGGAUAUUCUAGUCUCGAGGCGAGGGGCACCUCUUGGGGACCUCUUACCUGUCACCGUGUCAUACACAGAGCUGGGCCGCGCCAAGUUCCGUGGGCUGCAAAUAUUUGUCUCGGAAGAUGUGCAGUACCACCAGCGGGAUGGUCUAACUUGCUGCAGUGGCCCUUUCAAACGAAGCCUAGUUUACGAGAAAAUGGCAGGACCGGUGUCAACGACGGCGUUGAGACGAGCCGACACGGAAGAACACCCAGCAUACAUUGAGAAGGACGAUUAUAUCACCGCCAAGGCGGUCGGGGAUGCCGAGGCACGAAGCCGAUCGCCGCACGAUGGCGACACGGAACACACCGAACUCAGUCUCCAACUUCCAAUACCCGUUUGUCAUCUUCAUUCGGAUCCAGCAAGGCCACAAGGCAUGCAUUUUGACACCCGGUACAAAAACGUUCGAAUUAUCCACUGGCUUGAGUUUGCCUUCCUAAUGGCCAAGCCCGACAAUUUGAACCCGAACAAUGAGCGCAUUGUGCAGAAAGUUGCCCACGUCCCAUUGGCACUGCGCUCUUGUUACGCUCAGCAAGCCAAUGCUGCGCUGCCGGCAUACUCCUAA